AUGCGAGUCUCCACAGAGAUCUUCAAUCUCGUCCAUUGUGAUGGUGCCUCCACCACCGAUCUAUGGGCGGCCCUUCGUCAGCUCUUCCAGGACAACGUCGAUGCUCGCGCCAACAAUCUCCACACCGAGCUUCAGAAUAUGGUGCAAGGUGAUUCACCAGUCGGUGUCUACUGCCAACGCCUCAAGGCGAUCGCGGAUGAACUCCGCGAACUUGGUGAUCCGAUCGACGAUCGCCAGCUCAUCAACGUCCUCCUCGUCGGCCUCAGCGAGCGGUUGGAGAAGCAGGCCUCCUUCAUCCCUAUGAUGCGUCCGCGUCCCUCCUUCGUCGAGGCCACCGCAGUUCCGCACGGUGCCCGCUCCUGCUCCACCCCCGGCUCCACCAACUGCACCACCCUCGCCCCCGGCUUCAUCAACUGCACCACCACCGCCGCCAGGAUGGCGCCCAUCUCCUGA